GUGCCCACCUCAAACUGCAGUAAAAGCUGCCUUCCAGGGUUUAGCCAAGUUUCCCGUCCGGGAGCCCCCCACUGCUGUUUUGAUUGCAGUCCCUGCCCCGAGGGACACUUUGCAGACCAAAGAGACAUGAAGAGAUGUCUUCAGUGCCCCAAGGAGCAGUACUCAAGCCACACCAGAGACCGUUGCCUGCCCAGGACAGAGAUCUUCCUGGCCUUUGAGGAGCCACUGGGAUUCAUACUGGCUCUGGUGUCAAUCUUCCUGUGUGGUAUGGCUGUCCUAGUCCUUGGAGUGUUCCUGAAGCAUCGGGACACACCUGUGGUGAGGGCCAACAACAGAGCUCUCAGCUACUUACUCCUGAUCUCUCUUUCCCUCUGUGCCCUGUGUGCCUUGUCGUUCCUAGGCCGAGCCACUGUCACCACGUGCCUUCUCCGUCAGACCACCUUUGCCGUGGUGUUCACGGUGGCUGUCUCCUCUGUUCUGGCCAAGACUGUCACAGUGGUCCUGGCCUUCAGGGUCACCAGGCCAGGGGGCAGGAUCCGGGUAUGCCUGAGCCCUGGUGCUUCCUCCUCAGUGGUCCUCAUUGCUUCCUUAAUUCAGGUUGUUCUUUGUGCGGUCUGGUUGGCCACCUCCCCACCCUUCCCACACAGGGAUAUGGUGUCGAGUCCCCAGCACAUUGUCAUCCAGUGCCAGGAGGGUUCUGGCACCACCUUCUUCUGUGUGCUUGGCUACUUGGGCUUCCUGGCAGGGGGUACCUUCUCUGUGGCUUUUCUGGCCAGGGCCCUGCCAGAUGUCUUCAAUGAGACGAAGUUCCUCACCUUCAGCAUGCUGCUGUUCUGCAGUGUCUGGACAGCCUUCCUGCCCUUGUACCACAGUGCCCAGGGCAAGUCCACUGUGGCUGUAGAAAUCUUCUCCAUCCUGGCUUCCACUGCUGGGCUUCUGGGUGGCAUCUUCAUCCCCAAGUGCUACAUCAUCUUGCUGAGGCCCGAGAAGAACCCUGCCUGGCAAGUUCAAGGCCAUCAGGCACAGCAAGAUAGGAAGGGUGCGGUGCUCCAGAGAAGGUGUCUUCCCUGGUCCACACCACAAAGCCUCAUGACUUAG